GGGCGGCGACGCGGGCCGGACCCAGCCCGGGCGGCAGGGCGGGCGCCGCCCGAGGGGGUAGGGCGCGCGGGGGCGCGCCGGACUGGGGAGGCGCGCUCCGGCCGCGCUCGCUCCGCGCUCCCUCGCUCGCUCCCUCCUCCCGCGGCGGCAGCAGGAGAAGGCGGCGGCGGCGGCGAGCGGCGGCGGCUGGGGAUCAGACAUGGCGGCGGAUCUGAACCUGGAGUGGGUCUGCUCCCUGCCCCGGUCCUGGACUUACGGGAUCACCAGGGGCGGCCGAGUCUUCUUCAUCAACGAGGAGGCGAAGAGCACCACCUGGCUGCACCCCGUCACCGGCGAGGCCGUGGUCACCGGCCACCGGCGGCAGAGCACAGAUUUGCCUACUGGCUGGGAAGAAGCAUAUACUUUUGAAGGUGCAAGAUACUAUAUAAACCAUAAUGAAAGGAAAGUGACCUGUAAACACCCAGUCACAGGACAGCCAUCACAGGACAAUUGUAUUUUUGUGGUGAAUGAACAGACUGUUCCAACUAUGACAUCGGAAGACAAGAAGGAACGAUCUAUAAGUAUGACAAACGAAGCUUCUAACUAUAACAUGACUUCAGAUUACGCAGUACAUCCAAUGAGCCCUGUAGGCAGAACCUCACGGGCUUCGAAAAAGGUUCAUAAUUUUGGAAAGAGAUCAAAUUCAAUUAAAAGGAACCCUAAUGCACCAGUGGUCAGACGAGGUUGGCUUUAUAAACAGGACAGCACUGGCAUGAAGCUGUGGAAGAAACGCUGGUUCGUGCUUUCUGACCUUUGUCUCUUCUAUUAUAGAGAUGAGAAAGAAGAGGGUAUCUUGGGAAGCAUACUGUUGCCUAGUUUUCAGAUAGCUAUGCUUACCUCUGAGGAUCACAUUAAUCGCAAAUAUGCUUUUAAGGCAGCCCAUCCAAACAUGCGGACCUAUUAUUUCUGCACUGAUACAGGAAAGGAGAUGGAAUUAUGGAUGAAAGCCAUGUUAGAUGCUGCCCUGGUACAGACAGAACCUGUGAAAAGAGUGGACAAGAUCACAUCUGAAAACGCACCAGCAAAAGAAAUCAAUAACUUUCCCAACCAUCGAGUGCUGAUUAAACCGGAGGUCCAGAAUAACCAGAAAAACAAGGAGAUCAGCAAAAGUGAAGAAAAAAAGGCAUUAGAAGCUGAAAAAUAUGGAUUUCAGAAGGAUGGUCAAGAUAGACCAUUAACAAAAAUUAAUAGUGUCAAGUUGAAUUCUCUGCCAUCUGAAUAUGAUGGGUCAACAGGCCCGGCUCAGACCGGACACUACAGGCCAGUCAAUAUGAAUAGUUCAGAGAACAAAACGGUCAAUGUUAGCCUGGCGGAUCUCAGAGGGGGCAGUCAUCCCAACGCAGGGCCCUUCCACCCUGAGGCUGACCGCAUCAUACAAAGAACCAACUCAAUGCAGCAGUUGGAGCAGUGGAUUAAAAUCCAGAAGGGGAGGGGUCAGGAAGAAGAAGCCAGGGGAGUAAUUUCUUACCAGACGUUACCAAGAAAUAUGCCAAGCCACCGAGCCCAGGUCAUGGUCCGAUACCCGGAAGGGUAUAGAACACUCCCACGAAACAGCAAGACCAGGCCUGAGAGUCUCUGCAGUGGAACCCCGUCCCCUCAUGACAAAACAGUGGGGCCUGGUGCCGAGGAGAAGCGAAGGUCAAUGAGAGACGACACGAUGUGGCAGCUGUACGAGUGGCAGCAGCGUCAGUUCUACAAUAAGCAGAGCACCCUCCCUCGGCACGGGACUCUGACCAGUCCCAAGACCAUGGUUAAUAUUUCGGACCAGACAAUGCACUCGAUUCCCACGUCACCUUCCCAUGGGUCAAUAGCUGCUUAUCAGGGAUACUCCCCUCAACGGACCUACAGAUCAGAGGUGACCUCACCAAUUCAGAGAGGAGACGUGACGAUAGACCGCAGGCACAGGGCCCAUCACCCUAAGCAUGUCUAUGUGCCUGACAGGAGGUCAAUGCCAGCUGGCCUGACUUUACAGUCUGUCAGUCCCCAGAGCCUGCAAGGCAAAACACUGUCACAAGAUGAAUGCAGAGGCACCUUAUACAAAUACAGACCUGACGAAGUAGAUAUUGAUGCCAAGUUAAGCCGUCUCUGUGAACAAGAUAAAGUGGUACAUGCUCUGGAAGAGAAACUUCAGCAACUCCACAAGGAGAAAUACACGCUUGAGCAAGCUUUGCUAUCUGCCAGCCAAGAGAUAGAAAUGAAUGCCGAUAACCCAGCAGCCAUCCAGACUGUGGUGUUGCAGAGGGAUGAUUUACAAAACGGGCUGCUUAGCACAUGUCGAGAGCUUUCUCGAGCCACUGCUGAACUGGAACGAGCAUGGAGAGAAUAUGAUAAGUUAGAAUACGAUGUAACUAUUACCAGGAACCAGAUGCAAGAACAACUAGAUCGCCUUGGUGAAGUUCAGACCGAAUCAGCAGGAAUUCAGCGUGCACAGAUUCAGAAAGAACUUUGGAGAAUUCAGGAUGUCAUGGAAGGCCUGAGUAAGCACAAACAGCAAAGAGGCACUACAGAAACAGGUAUAGCAGUAUCAAAGCCUUUCACAACAGUUAAGUACAAAAAUGAGGAAGAGGAAGUAGUCCCACCUCGUCCUCCACUUCCUCGGUCCUAUGACUUUACAGAGCAGCCUCCCAUAAUCCCCCCUCUGCCCAGUGAUAGCAGCUCCUUGCUCUGUUAUAGCAGGGGCCCAGUCCAUCUGCCUGAAGACAAGAAGACUCAAGUUCAAGGAUAUACAAGAAAUGGAUCUCACUGUGGUCCAGAUUAUAGACUCUACAAGAGUGAACCAGAGUUAACAACUGUGGCAGAAGUUGAUGAAUCUAAUGGAGAAGAAAAAUCAGAACCUGUUUCAGAAAUGGAAGCUUCAGUUAAAGGUUCCCACUUUCCUGUUGGAGUUGUGUCUCCAAGAACAAAGUCACCAACACCAGAAUCUUCGACAAUAGCCUCAUAUGUAACCUUAAGGAAAACGAAGAAGAUGGUGGAUUCAAGAACGGAAAGACCAAGGAGUGCAGUGGAGCAGCUGUGUUUGGCUGAAAGUACUCGACCUAGGAUGACUGUGGAAGAGCAAAUGGAAAGAAUAAGGAGGCAUCAACAAGCAUGCUUAAGGGAAAAGAAGAAAGCAUUAAAUGUCAUUGGUGCUUUAGACCAGUCACCCUUACAGAGUCCUUCAAACUUAAGGGAUAAUCCAUUCAGGGUUACCCAGACUCGAAGGAAGGAUGAUAACAGUAAGGACCUGGACACUGUCAUUAGAGAAAAUGAUGUAAAGCCAAACCACGAAACUCCCGCAGCAGAAAUUGUUCGACUAAAAGAAGCUGAACCUCAAAACACAGAUUUCAGUGAAGAGUUUAAAAAAACGGAAAAUGUUUUUUACGAAACACUUCUCAAGCCUGAACCAAAUGGCGUAAAUUCUGAAGAAGUGAUGGAUAAAGGAAGAAACAAAGAAAACAUGCCAGAGGAUGUUUCAUACAGCCCUCAAGAUGAGACACAGAUCACAAAUCAUAAAUCAGAAGGCCAUCCUGAAGAAAAUACAGAGGACAAUAUUCAGGAGCAGGAAGAAAGUGUUGUUUCUUACGAACGAACUCCUGAGGCGUCUAAAGGAAACCAAACAAUGACAGUGAAAAGUCUGCCCUCGUCUCCGGAGUCCUCCGCGUCCGCGGGCCCGCCCACCCAGCCGCAGCUCACGGAGGGAUCGCAUUUCAUGUGUGUGUAGUUUCGGAGCAACUACACUGACUUGCGGGGAAGCUAUUCAGACCCAAGGACCCGGACCUUCGGCAAUGUGAGAAGAUAUUGUACAGUAUAUUUUAAAUCUAUGAAAUUCAUAGUUCUGAUGCUUUUGGCCACAGAGCAUCGUUUUAUCACUUCUGGAAAAUGUUUAUUCCAAAACAGCUUUAAUGGCCCAUAUGUGCACUCCGUAAUCUCAAGGUUAUUAUUCUGACACCAGCUUGCUGCUAUGAUUUCAGAGCACAUAAGUCAAGGUGCUUUUUACUGUGUGGUCCACCGCCAGAGCUCACUUAGUUGCUGAUUUCCAGAUUUGGAUGUUUCUAAAGUCUAGGUGGAGUUAUAUUUCCUUUUUCUUUUCAAUACAUCAUUUUAGUUCUUUCCAAUGAAGCUUGUUUUGUUUUGUGUUUUCCUUCCAUUUCGGCUACUGCAAGGCUUUGUUUCUCACUUGAUUUGUAAAAAUUUUAUAUAUAUAUAUUUAAAAUGUGCCAUUUUAUUAUUGCUAAGUGAAGUAUGUCUCGUUUCCUGCUAUAAUUAUUUCUCAGUCAGAUUGCAAUGUCAGCAGUUACUGCCACACUCUUGUCAGCUUAAACACAAAUGUUAUCGCUUACUGUUUCUUGAAAAACAAUUUAAAAUGUGGGUAUUUUGAAGUACUGGGCUUAUACUUCGUUGGAAUCGAUGUGUACAGCAAUAAGCAGGUUUUCAAAUCCAGUACUUGGUUUGUGUACAAAUGUAAUUAUGUUCAUUGUGUAUAUAUUAUACAAUGAGCACAUGUAAUGUAUUAAAGGCUACUUACUAUUGUUUAAAUGCAAAUGUUCAUAUCUCAUUUCUUUUUUUAUCAUGUUAAAUAAAUGUCGAUGUU